UGUUACAAUACAUUUAAUCCUCCUUUUUAGCUCUUCCAUUGGCUCGUUUUGUGUACAGCAUCCUCUGACCCCCACUCACACACUCUCUCCAACGCAGCGUGUGGGUCUUCAAUUGUAUUCUUCAUCAUAGGUUCAUCCCAUUGCAGUGGUUAGCAGUUGGUAUGGAACACUGACAUAUGCACGACUGCUUAGGACUUCCAGUGGAAUUAUCCCGUGGCUUUGCGUGAAAGAGGAAAUCUGCAGUUGGAAAACCAUGAGCGGCGGUGUGAACAUCAAGACCAUAUCCCAGGCCCAACCAGGCUCAGGUCUGGUUUCUGGUAUCCCCCUUCCCCAGAGGAUAACCCCCCUCUCCAAACUGGACCCCAAACAUCAGGGGGGCAGCACCCUAUCUAACCCCACAGCACAGUUUCAACUCAGCACCAAAAUACAUCCCUCCUACUCUUCAUCAUCUUCAUCCUUUUCAAACGAGCUGCUAAGUGGUGCAGCUUUGAGGGGUGGUAUCUGUCACACUGGCUCCUCCUCCAGAGUCUCCUAUGCCCCAGAGAGAGGCACCAUCAGCCGGUCAGCCUACAGCAGUCCCCAGGUCCCCAAGAGACAGACACCACCACCACGCUCCAAAGACACCCUGGACCUCCGCAGCAGCAGUGCUCCAUCCCAGAAGGCUUUUCGAGAACUUCACACCAGGAGAAAUGCCAAUGGGAACUGGGCCUCAGGCGGGGUUCGCCACAGCCGUCUGGACGACAAUGGAGAUGCACAGGAUGCCCUGUCGAAGCUCUCUGGUGGUGCUCUCCACUCAGGCCAAAGCAGACUCUCCAACACUAAAGCAGGGAACGGGAAUCUGAUCAGCGCUGUGUUGAUGACCACCCGUCAGGAGCAGAGAGAGCUAAGGAACCUCUCCUGCCAAGGCAUGGUCGCUUCUAAAAAAGACAUGCCCACCAACAAACAUAGAGCGUCCCGUCUGAGCCAGGGUGGUGGUGGUACCAGGCAGACAGUCAGUGUGCCACGCAGAGGGAGUGAGCCAGCCGGUAGUAACAUGGCCACUGUGGCACCUUUCAGGUUCAGGUUGAAUGUCCAGGAUGAUGAUGUCUCUUCUCUGGAGGACCUGAGUGACUGCUCCUCUGACUCCAUGGAGGUGUGCUGUGACGACCUGGACCCAGAGUCUCAGAGGAAACGUACGGUGCAGAACGUCCUUGACCUCAGACAGAACCUGGAAGAUACCAUGUCCAGUCUCCGGGGAGCCCAACUCAGCCAUGGCUGUCUGGACAGCAGUACUGUUUGCUACGACAGUGACGAGACGAACGGCCGCAGCAUGUCCAGUCAGUCCAACCGCUCUUCUCCUCUCUCCUGGCGUCACGGCCAAUCCAGCCCCCGGAUGCAGGCUGGAGACGCUCCUUCUUCCACGGGCAGCGGUGGGUACCAGGGGGGCAAGGCCGGUUCCCAGUACACAGCCCACACAAUGCCCGCCCGAGUCUCCAGCCGUUUCAGCCACUCCUCCCGAAUGGAGCUCAUCGAAGGGUUGGAUGUGGAUGAUGCAGACCUCAAGUCUGGUUACCUGAGCGACAUCGACCUGCUGGGCAAGAGCAUACCAGAGGAUGACGACGACAACCUGGCCAAUGGCUGGGAAGAGAGCAGCUCCAUCAGCAGUGGGCUCAGUGAUGGCUCUGUAGACAACCUCAGCUCCGAGGAGUUCAACGCCAGCUCCUCCCUCAACUCUCUGCCCACCACACCCCUCGGAUCCAGACGCAACUCCUGUGCCAUGCUCCGCACCGAUGCUGAGAAGCGCUCUCUGGUGGAGAGUGGCCUGUCCUGGUACAGUGAGGAUGCCAAGGCCGCACGCAAGAUGGACGGGGGCAGCUACGAAACUGGGAGCCUCAAGACCGAGACCCCCAGCAAGUGGAGGAAGUCCUCCAGACCCAUGGAGGGUGCUAGUGAGGACGUGGGGGUCAAAGGGGAACUGAGGAAGCCCCAGAUCCUGGGUCAGCCAGGGAACUUUAAUAAGAAGGGGCGCCACCCUCCUGUGGGCGUGACCUCACCCAUUACCCACACCUCUCAGAGCGUGCUCAAAGUGGCAGCACCAAAGAGUGACCACAGGGCGGUGGACAAGACAAAGAUGUCUGUGAAGGCUUCUGGGCUGCAGCGAUCUCGUUCUGACGCCGGGAGGGAUCAUCUUCCACAGCAACGGGAACUCCGCAAGCCCCCAUCCGGCCUGGUCAAGCCCUCUGCCGGGGCCUCGUUCGGCUACAAGAGGCUCCCGACCCCCAGCACCGCCACCGUCAUGACAGCAGGGGGCAGUACCAUCUCUAGUGGCUCUGCCACCGUGGGCAAGAUGCCCAAGUCUUCUGGCAUCCCUGUGAAGCCUCUGGGAGUUGGAGGAGGAAGAGGGGAACGUAAGAAUAGCUUUGACGCCACUGGCAGUGAGGAGGGGGGCUUCCUUGGGCCCAGCGCCCGUAACAGCCUCCAGUACCGCAGCCUGCCACGCCCCGCCAAGUCCAGCACCCUCAGCCUGAUCAGCCGCCCUGGAUCGGCCCGGCCCGCCAGCAGCAGCAGCAUGGAGCCCGGCCUGCUCAGCCUGAAGCCUGUCUCCAUGGCCUGCACCGGCCCCAGGGGGAAAGAGCCCGGCAGUGGAAGCACUAAGGGGGCCAGUCAAAGAGGGAGCACAGGCCCUGUCAACCAGACAGACAGGGAGAAGGAGAAAGAGAGGGCUAAGGCCAAGGCAGUGGCGUCUGAUAUGGACUCCCUGUGUGGCUCCCUGAAGAUGGCAGACUGUCAGGGUGAUUCCACUAGGGAGGCUAGCGCCAAACUGCAUGGGCUGCGUAGGGCCAGCAGCAGCAAAUACCCUGAGCUCUCAUCACCCACCACUCAGAGGAUGCUGAGCUGCAAAUCUCUGGGUCGGCCUCCGAGCCUGGCACACCUGGACAAGGUCAACUCCAACAGCCUGGACUCGUGCGUGACCAUUCAGGACCUCCCUCCUAAAGUGCCCCCCUACUCCAAGCUCCAGGACCUGGCUGGAUCUGGGCCACGCAGCACCAUCCCCCGGGGCCUCACCCCCAGCCCAGCCCCCAUCCUGCACCUCGACUCCCCCAGCUGCUACCCCAGCCAGACCCUGUCCAUGGGCAGCUCUCCGCUGCUCUACCCCAAACUGUCUGGCCUACACCGCAGCAUGGAGUCACUUCCCCUCACCAUGAGUGUUCCUCCCAGUGGAGGAUAUAUCCGGGCAGAGUCCAGAGACAGGGACAGCUACAGAGACAGGGACAGGGAGGAGACGAGGAGCACGGGGACCUGGGGUGCUGGGAGCAGGACCUCCCUCAAUCUCCCAGACAGUUUGCAAACAGACAGAAACACCUUACCCAAGAAAGGAUUAGGGUAUGUCAAUCGCUACAGCUCUGGUCUGUCAGAGGAUCAGUCGGAGGGGAAGGAGAGGCGUCACUCUCACACCGCAGUGAGCCUGAUGGAGAGCGAGAGCCCCCCUCAGCUGCCAUCGCCCACCCACAUGCCCCACCUCUCCUCUGGCAGGGCUGUCCUCACUAACGUGGUUGCCCCUAUCCCGAGUGGUGCCCCCAGGAUAACCCGCUCCAACAGUAUCCCCACCAACGACAUGGCCUUCGACCUGUACGGCUCCCCUCCACUGGGCAGCACCAUGUCACUGGCCGACCGGCCCAAGAGCAUGAUGCGCUCUGGAUCCUUCCGCGAGCCUGGGGAUGACUGUGAGACAGCUAGCACAUUCCAUGGCUCUGUUCUCUCCUUGGCUUCAAACACUUCAUCCAACUAUUCCUCGACCGAGGAGCGGAUACAAGGAGAGCAAAUCCGCAAGCUGAGACGCGAGCUGGAGAACUCCCAGGAAAAAGUGGCCAACCUGACUACCCAGCUGUCUGCCAAUGCUAAUUUGGUAGCAGCGUUCGAGCAGAGCCUGCAACUGAUGACGUCACGUCUACAGACCCUGUCGGUCAGCCAGGAGCAGAAGGUACCGGACUUUGAGCUGACUGAUCUGAAGGAGACCAUAGAGAUCCUGAAGACGAAAAACACAGAGGCCCAAGAUAUCAUCCAUGUGGCCCUCAGCAACCCUGACAUCCCUCCUAAAGAUCAGUUCUUCUCACCAGCUCCUCUUGUCUCUCCAGAGCUUCAGAUGAAGAGGCAGAACUCGUCUGAGAGCAUCUCCAGCCUGAACAGCAUCACCAGCCACUCCAGCGUGGGCAGUCUAAAGGAGCAGGAGGCCAAGAAGAAGAAGAAGAGCUGGCUGAGGAGUUCCUUCAACAAGGCGUUCAGUAAGAAGGGUUCAAAGCUCUCUGCUUCGUACGCUGACAUCGAGGAGAUCGCCACUCCAGAUUCCUCUGCACCCUCCUCUCCUAAGAUCACCAUCCACCACGGGGACAGGGAUGGGGAUGGGGACAACUCUCCCUCCAUGAUGAGGUCCUCUGUCUCUGUAUCCUCCUCUGGGCUGUGUGAAGGAGGCGAGAAUCCCCCAGAGGAUGAGAAGGUUGUGUCUACGCUGCGCUCGGCCCUCUGGGAGAAGGAAAGGAAGCUGACGGACAUCCGCCUGGAAGCCCUUAGCUCCGCCCACCAGCUGGAGCAACUGCAGGAGGCCAUGAACAACAUGCAGAUGACAGUGGAGAACCUGAAGGCAGAGAAUGACCAGUUGAAGACAGGUGGUCCCUCAACCUCCACCUCCCAGUCCUCCAGCUUGGCAUCACUGGGCACCGCCUCGCCACGGCAAUCUGUUGCCAUAUCUCUGAGCAAGACCUUAAGCAUGAGCCUGGGAGAAGGCAGCUCCCCUGACCUGUUCCAGACAGAAGCCGUCAGUCUCACCUCUCAAAGGGACGACCCACGUGUCAGAGUGGUGGUUCGUGUGGCCAACCUGCGCAUCUUCAAAGAUGAGGUGAAACAGCAGGACUUCUUCAUCGGUACUGUGAGGGUUAACGGCAGAAUGGACUGGCCUAUGUUGGAUUCGGCUGUCGGCCAGGCUUUUAAGGUGUACAUAGCCAAGGUGGACCCCACCUCCAGCCUGGGCCUGUCUACAGACUCUAUCUACAGCUACAGUAUGAACCACAUCAGGAGGGUGCUGGGAGGAGAGUUGCCAGAGAGCCAACCCUCACACUGUGUAUCCAAGGGGCCCAGCAGCGUCACUGUUACACUCAAAGGUCUGAAGGAGAAGUGUGUGGACAGCCUGGUGUUUGAGACGCUCAUCCCCAAGCCCAUGAGCCAACACUACAUCAGCCUGCUCCUGAAGCACCGCCGCCUCAUCCUGUCUGGGCCCAGCGGCACCGGCAAGACCUACCUCACUUCCCACCUGGCAGAGUACCUGGUGGACCGCAGCGGCCGAGACCGCACCGACGGCAUCGUGGUCACCUUCAACAUGCACCGCCAGUCAUGCAAGGAUCUCCAACUCUACCUGUCCAACCUGGCCAAUCAGAUCGAUCGGGAAACCAGCACAGCUGAAAUCCCAUUGGUGGUUAUCCUGGAUGAUAUACAUGAUGCCACUUCCAUCAGUGAGCUUGUCAAUGGGGCCCUCACCUGCAAAUACCACAAAUGUCCUUACAUCAUUGGAACUACCAACCAGCCGGUGAAGAUGACCCCCAACCACGGCCUGCACCUCAGCUUCAGGAUGGUGACCUUCUCCAAUAACGUGGAGCCAGCCAAUGGCUUCCUGGUGCGUUACCUGCAUAGGAAGUUGAUGGAGGCGGAGGACGAGAGGAGCCUGUCCAACGAGGACCUCCUCAGGGUGCUGGACUGGGUACCCAAGCUGUGGUACCACCUGCACACCUUCCUGGAGAAACACAGCACCUCUGACUUCCUCAUCGGCCCGUGCUUCUUCCUGUCCUGUCCUGUGACUGUGGAGGAGUUCCGCUCCUGGUUCAUUGACCUGUGGAACCUCUCCAUUAUUCCCUACCUGCAGGAAGGAGCCAAGGAUGGCAUUAAGGUGCAUGGUCAGAAGGCAGUGUGGGAGGACCCAGUGGAGUGGGUGAGGGGCACCCUACCCUGGCCCUCAGCCCAACAGGACCAAGCCAAGCUGUUCCACCUGCCUCCCCCCAGCAUGACCUCUGGAGGCCCCGGCCAGCCCAGCGAGGCCUCAGCCAGGCCUCUUAAUAAGGAGACCCCACCCAGCUCCAUGGACACCCUGGACCCUCUGAUGGCCAUGUUGUUAAAGUUGCAAGAGGCAGCCAACUACAUUGAAUCUCCGGACAGAGAAACAAUGGACCCCAGCCUCCCUACACUUUGAACAUCAACUUCAACUGUAGACUCAAAACCUAGCGCUUCAAAUAGCCCUACUUUUUUCCCCCUAUGUGAGCUUCAGUGUAUAAUAUUCAGGAACAAAAACUUUCCAAUAUAGUUUUCUGCUAAUUUUGUAACUUAUCUUGAACCUUAGCAAAAAACAAUCAUACUCCAUAUGGUUGAUUGAUUGAGAAGCCGUUUUGUUUUGUUGUUUUUUAACUUUAUUCUAUCAUGCCAAGUCAUUCCAAAAGACAUUAUAGCGAUGUUUAGAUUUUCUAUCUCUGUCGAUUUUUCUUGAACUAGAGAUUAUAUUCACAGUAUAAAGUCUCUCUCUCUUUACAGAAGACGUAUCUCUAUCACUUCUGCCCUCAAUAGAAACAGGUGCUAAUUAUCUAGAUAAUAAGUGUUACUCUUUAGAAAUUCAUCCUCAUCUCUCAUUGGUCUAAGCAGGUGAUUCUUCCAACAGCACAUUUAAAAGACAAAAAAGCACAUUCUUGCUUAUCCACUUUUGCUCAACAACAGCAACAUGGCCUGCAAUGUGCCUGUAAAAUCAAGUCAGUUUGAAACCUGCUUUCGGCUUAUUGGAAAGAGUAUGACGGCAUGUUGUUGGCAUGUCAGGUUGUAUAGUCCUGGUCCUGAAUACAUAUCUAUCUAUCACUCUUUGAAGGCCAAAUCUUAGACAUAUGCAACUCUUAUACAUAACCAGGUGAACUGUUUUGACUCUGUGCUCUAACAAACUGAAUGCCUUAAUACAUAUAUUCCUGAUGGUCACCUCGAGAUGGACAGCAGUAUUCAAUCGUGGUGCUUUGCUUUCAUAACCAUCGCCUCAGAGUAGAGUAGUGCGAGGACAUUCUCUUGUCCCUCCCUCACAUGGUUCUGGGGUCACAUGGUUCCGGGGUGAUUUUAAAGGUCAUCUAACUAUAUUUGACAGUUAACAAUAUGUUGCAGGUAGGGUAGAUGGUGAUGAUCAGGGUUUCUUUGUCAAGUGAGAAAAUAGAGGGUUGAACAGAGCAGAACACAGACACAUAAUUAUUUCCUAUGGUUAAUAUCUUUCAUUAUCAUUCACGGCAAAAUCUGUGCAAAAUUACAAACGCUGUCAUACUCAUUACUAAAACAGGGGAAAAAUAAUCAGUACAUACUAAUCUCAGCUUCUGUGGUACUAGUUCAUCGGUUUGUUGCAGGCAGCAUACAUUAUAUUUAUUUGACUGAACAUAUAUUUCAAAUCUAACUACCUGUUUUGAAGAAAUAAGGCCAUGACAGUACUACUUUCAUAUAAAUCAGGUAUUACUAAGAAAGUUAUUUUGUAUGAAUAAUGCUUGAGCAACUGCUAUUUGCUUAUAGCUUAGAUAUUUCUCAACUUCUAUUUUUAAGAUGGUGAGGUAUCAUCUAAUAUAUUCCACGCAAUUAUCCAAUAUAGUUACUGUGCUCAAUUCUUUAUGUAGAUAUUGAUUUCAGUUUUAUCUACACUAGUUGCAUGGUGCAAAUAUCUUAUAUGCUGAACCAAAUAUUUUACUGUAAUCUUGCAAAUUGACUGCCUGGUUAGGGGUCAGAGCAUAAAAGUGCUUAAAAUAAUUAACAUGUAGAUAUUUUCCUCAAUGUGUUGGCCAUGUAGUUGCAGAUCAUUUAGGUGCUUUUGAAUGUAGCCUUUUUACAAAGCUACUGUCUCAUUCCUUGCAAAAAAAACAUGUCUUUAGACCUACACCAAGAUGGGUGAGUGAACGGAUGAGUUCUCUGUUGCACCCCACAAACCAUUGUAAUCAGACACAGGUGAACAAUCUUACAUCUAUUGUAGCUGCCAAUGGUGCUGUUCACUUUUUGACUGGUAAUAUUGCUUUGCUCAUCUUCAGUUUAGUUAAUGACCAUUCAGACACAGCAUAAAAUGGAUGAAAAAUCUAUUUGCUCAUCAGCAAUGAUCAAGGGUCAUUUCCCAGUUGAGAGUCAUACAUAUAGGAAGAUAAACAUAUUAAAAUAAGAUAUAAAAAAAUGAAAUUGUAAAGUAGAGUGGGUUACAUUAGUGUUUUCGAAAGAUACAUGUGGCCAUACUGACUGAUGCUGAAACAAUGUAGGAGAAUGUCUGUGCUUUGGUCUCUCCACACUAAUGAUGUAUAAUCUCUUGAUCAUAAGUCACCUGUAUAUAAACUGUGAAAUGAAUGUUCAAUCGCUUUCUUUGUACAAUGGUUAUCACAACAGAAAGAAAUGUUGCAAACUACUAACGGUCAUUAUUAAGCAAAGUAGAACUAAACCACCAUGAAUACGUUAAAACAUGGUAUUUUUUUGUUGUUUUGCUUUUGCAUCAAACUGUUAAUCAAAUCAAUGACAUCAAACUAUUAUUAAGUCCAAAGUCCAUCUGAUGACAUCAAACUGUUAUUGAGUCCAAAGUCCAUCUGAUGACAUCAAACUAUUAUUAAGUCCAAAGUCCAUCUGAUGACAUCAAACUGUUAUUGAGUCCAAAGUCCAUCUGAUGACAUCAAACUGUUAUUGAGUCCAAAGUCCAUCUGAUGACAUCAAACUGUUAAUGAGUCCAAAGUCCAUCUGAUGACAUCAAACUAUUAUUAAGUCCAAAGUCCAUCUGAUGACAUCAAACUAUUAUUAAGUCCAAAGUCCAUCUGAUGACAUCAAACUAUUAUUAAGUCCAAAGUCCAUCUGAUGACAUCAAACUAUUAUUUAGUCCAAAGUCCAUCUGAUGACAUCAAACUAUUAUUAAGUCCAAAGUCCAUCUGAUGACAUCAAACUAUUAUUAAGUCCAAAGUCCAUCUGAUGACAUCAAACUAUGAAUGACUUGAAGUAAAUGGCUUUUGCUUCCCUGUGUGGUCACAUUAUUGCAGGUUUGCGUUUUGUGUUAUGAAUCUUGUUCUGGUGGCAGCUCUGCAGAGUGGUUACUAGCUAGCACAGCCACAAAGUCAUUAACUCUAAUGUUAAACCUAGCCUCUACCAUUAACCACACUACUAACCUAAUGUCCUAACCCUAACCUUGAUAAAUUAAAUCCAAAAGGUAUUUUUUAUUUGUACAUUCAUUUUUAUGAUGUAGUCAAUUUUGACUGCAGCUGGCCCAUCUAGUGGAAGUCUCUCAGUUCUGGCACAAAGACAAGACUCAUCCCAAUAAAUGUCAACCUGACACAUUUUUACAAUUUGAAAGAAAUCUGUGAUGAAUCAUAUGUGGGGAAAAUGCCCCUUUGGCUUAUCCGUUUCACAAUAACACCAUGAGACCCAUCUGGACCUUCUAUAAUCUUAAUAAUUAGCCUCGUUAACUUAAACAAAACUAUCAUUUUGUUUACUCCCAAUUUGCCAUUGUACAAACACUGCAUUGUUUUACUAUCAAGAAGAGUAUGAGAGUAUAGUAUACCCUGUAUCUAUGUAUGCAGGUAAACAAAUGCCAUUAUGUUUGUUCUUCAUCUCACUCACUGGUCGUUGUGGCUGUUGCUCUGUAGUGGCUGUGCUGUGUGUUUGAUAACAAUCGUGUGUAUCAGGACUAUGCAGCAACUUUUACUGGUUUUGGCAAUCAGAAGAAAAAAAUGGUUGAAAUUUGUUUUGAACGCUAACAGACACAGUUUACUUCUGAUUUGCAUUGCCCCAGUCUUGCAGUAAGUUGGACCAAAUGAUAUGUUACCUGACACGCUUGACUAUGCCUUAAUGUGAAUUGUGAUGCAAGUGUUGCAUUAUGAGAGAGAGUGAGUAUGUGACCUUCAAAAAUGGAAGGGAUGCCUUGUGUUAUGAGUAGACUAACUAUGUGAAGGUUGUUAGAAUAUGUGUGAUGAAAUCAUUGGUCCACAAGACACCACUUGACUUAAUUGGAUGUGGUAGGACCUCUGCUUUAGAUCACUGGGAUAUACCUUUGUGGCACACAGAAAAUGGAUUUGAACAUAGGUCGGUCACGAGGGAUAUGACAGUGUAAGCCUAGGUUCUAGAGGUUCUACAGCUUGUUGUCAAAACGGAUUAGGGCCUAAUUGCAGUUCGGCACAAUUUAACUAUUAUCCAAGAACAAAGUUCAUAGUUCAAAAUAAAAACUAGAUUUUCAAAAAAUCGAAGAUAAAUCAAUAUUUCAAUAUAAUCAGGUUCCUCGUAAAAACUUAACGAAUAUGAAUUUAUUCUAAAUGAAGUAUUUCCACUUGAUGAAGGCCAAUACAGGUUGCUGAAUAGUCAUAAUUAUUUUGCAAAGCUUGUUAUUGACUCAAAAUAAAAAAUGGUAAUAAUGGUCUCUAAUGUCAUUGACGUGCAAUUGUGAUGGAUUUCUAAAUGUUGUACAUGAGUGUGUGAACAGAACAUGUAAUAGCAUUACGUUAUCGUUAGGGGUUCACUAUAUAGAUUAAGCUUUUCCUUUUUAAUACGCUGAUAUUUGAGAUUUCUUUUUCUAAUGAAUCCUUUGUAAAUCUCAUUGAUCUAUUUUGUACAUGACAUCAUAAUUGUAAACUUAUAAAUACUUCAGCAUACUGUAAGCGACAACAAUCGUUCAGGAAAAAAAUACUCCAUAUAGGCGUACUACAAGAUGAAUAACUUUAUCCCUCCAGAAUUGAGUAGAAUAUCGGCAUGCUUCUGAAACAACAUUUCCAUACACCUAUCACUGUUCGUCGGAGUCAAUAAAAUAAUGUCAUAUAUAUGA